AAUGAGGCGCCCAAGAGGCCUCCAAGAAGCUCCGUAGCCAUUUUGGCUCAAGGUGGCGCCGCAGCGGAUCAUCCCGAGUCUUUUUCUUGACGGCUCCGGGGAGCUCUGCGUUGCUUUCUCUUGCUCCAGCGAUGGGCCAGGCCUGCGGGUCUGUCGGUGGCAAGUGCCUCGCCUACGAGCCCAUCGGCGGAAGCUCGGAGAAGCUUACCGCCACCGUUGUCCCGGUGAACACUGGCAACCCCUCCUUUCCACCAUCGCAGUCGAAUAUCACGCGGGCGAUAUGCGUAAGUGGCGGUGGCAGCCGGGCGAUGUCAUUCACCCUAGGGAUAUUCAGAGGGCUGAGCGAAUGUGGGCUUCUCUCGAAGUUCGACUCUAUCAGCACAGUGUCUGGAGGCACGUGGUUUGCCUCUGUUUUUAUGUUCGGCAAGACGUACAACGGCUCCGAAAUCAGCACCAGCGAAAUGCUGGGCAAGGCAGCAAGUCCCUCCGAACUUUCCAUGGCCGUGCUUAACCAGGAGCCAACGCCCAUCGGCGCCGUCAUGACGAGAGACUCGACUUUGAUCGCUGCGGAGCAGGCUGUCAAACAUAAACCAGAAGAGUUAUGGCAGGCAACAAUCGCGAAAUGGCUUCUGGAACCGUUCGGGCUGAGCAGUUUGGAAGCUUUCCUCGCGGCGAGCGAGAGCGACAAGAACCGCAUAGUCGCCGACAACCCCAUCCUUGCAGACAAGACCUUCCUCACCCCACGGCCCGACCGCCCCGCAUCCUUCGUGAUGAACGGCACUUGGCUUGCCCCUGUCGGCUACUACGCGGGGGCCGACAGCGCGGUCGCGCUGCAGGUGUCGCCAGACUGGACCGGCUAUCCUUUUUACCCCAACGGCGAGGCUGUGCUGUACCCGCUCGCGUGCGGGUACUGGUGCUGCCCGCCAAACCGCCGAUGCCUGUGCUCGUGGGGUGCCAUGGGGUGCCCAUGCAAAUAGGCGCCGGCACGUGGGGGCCGAGUUCGCCCGGGGUUGGCCCGUUCCGGCGGCCAUUUGCAUGGGGCGCCCAUGCAAACGGCCCCUGGACCCCAUUGGCGCCCAGGCGCCGAGUUUCGGACUCCCUGG